AUGCUAGUAUGCCCAGAGCCGAGGCGCCGUGGCCUGCUCUCGCGAAGUGCGCUCCACGUCUUGCUGAUAGGUGCGCUUGCGAAAGCACCGGACAGCUCGAAGAGCUCUCAGGUAGCAAACCUGCUGAAGGAGCACCCGGAGUGUGACCCCUGCGUUGCUGAUGCCAAUGGCUGGACGCCGCUGCAUCAUGCCGCGGCGCAUGGCUGCCAUGCGGAACUUAAGCUCCUCAUCGCCCAGGCGAAGAGGCUCCAUCCAAAGAUUUGGCAGGCUGACAAGUCGGGCAAGGAGAACUUGGUGCGCAACCGAAUGCCCGGAACAAAAAAGAAGGAGGCAAGGACCUCUGCUUCCACUUCCAGAUCCAGCAAGACCAAGCUUGGAGGGUCUCCGUCUGAGUGGCGCCCACUCAGCGGAUCCGCCGAGGUUGCCAGCUACCCGUCGCACUGUUGGACGGACAGUUCCGUGCAGGUGGGCAGUCCGCUGUCGGCUCUGAUGGGCCGGACACCGACACACCUCGCUGCGCAGGGUGCUGGCAGAGAGGCAUCGGCGCUGCUUGCAGACACUGGGCACAUCCAGUGCUUGAACGUGUUGUUGGAGACUGGCUUCUUGGAGAUCGCUGAGCUGGAUGACCGCGGAAUGUCCCCUCUUCUGGCUGCUUGUGCUGCAGGCUCUGCUGCAGGGGCCAGGUGGUUGCUGCUCCACGGGGCGGAUUGCUAUGCAGAGGACAAGAUGCGCCGGAACGCGCUUCAUGUGGCCUGCGGCUCCAACCUGGACGAAGGACGUCGCGAGUUGGUCCGAUUCCUUUGCCGCUGGGAUGCUGACUUCUCAAGGCUGAAGUCUUCGCGAGACUGCCGUGGGCGGCUACCCCAGGACCUUUACCUCUACCGACAAGGCGCACGAAGGGCUAUCUAUGGACUGGGCGAGGAUUUUGCAACCCUCUGGGAGGCAGCACGCAUCGGCGAUCAGAAUAUGCUUCAUACCUGCUUGCAGGCCUCUGCAAGAGUCGACGCUGUCAGUCACGGCGGCUUCACGGCCGCAAUGCAUGCAGCCAGCAACGGGCACAUGGAUGUGCUGAGGACACUUCUGUCACUGCGCUGCUCUUGUGGAGCAGCCGUGCCUGAGCUAGGAAUGCCGGAGCGACCCGGCACGAAGUGGUGUGGCCGGACACCCCUCCAUUUGGCCGCGGAGGCUGGCCAUGCUGACAUUUGCAGCAUGCUGGUUCGGGCCGGCGGUGCGCAGCUAGAGGCUCGAUCCAAAGUUGGUCUUACACCUCUUCUGUCCGCUGCUGGAGCGGGGCAGCUGGCAAGUCUCAAGAUCCUCGUGGAAUUCAAAGCCGAUCUAGAGGUCGUGCAGGAAGCAGACGAUGUGCGCAGAAACGUUUUCCACAUCCUGGCAGGCAAGAGAACGGAGCAGCACUUUGCGUGCCUUCGGUGGCUUCUGGAUAUCUUGCUCGCCGAGGAUCCCAAAAGGCUGCUGCAGAUGCUGGAGCUGGAGGAUUCAGAUCUGAGACGGCCAGUUGACUUGGCCCAGCAGCGAGGGCGCUCUCACCAGGCCUUGCUGAGAACUCUCCGGAAAAGCCGCGAAAUGAGUGACGCUGUCCCAGACAAAGGUUCGGGGGCAUCUACGCCUUCAAAGUAA